AUGACCAUCCUCAUACAAAUCCUUGCAGCUACUCCCAUGACAAGCGCUGGUAUCUUCCUAGCGCUCACUCUCACUAUUUACUCCAUCUACCAACGAUACCUACACCCCCUUGCCAAAUACCCCGGUCCAUUCCUAGCAUGCCUGACCGACCUCUGGCAGGUUUACCAAUUUCUGACCCUCAAGCAACCAUACAACCUAACAGAGCUCCAUGCCAAGUAUGGACCAAUUGUCCGGUAUGGGCCAGACAAACUCAGCAUAACCAACGAAGGGGCUAUCCAAGCAAUCUACCAGAAAGGCGGAAGAGGAAUGCCAAAAACAGAGUUCUAUGAUGCAUACGGCGCAGCUCAUCCGAAUGUAUUCGGUAUGCGGGAUGAAGAACAACACUCCAUCCGCAGACGCCACAUGUCUUACGGGUUCUCGAUGAGCUAUGUGAAAGAGAUGGAACAAUACAUGGACUUGAAUAUACGAAUUCUAAGAGAUAAGAUCGGAGAGCAUAGUGCUCAGAAUCGGAUAUUCGACCUGAAAAAGGCCCUGCAUUAUUACGUGAUUGACGUCCUUGGUGAGCUGGCCUUCAGUCAAUCAUUCGGGGUCCAGGAGACGGAUGAUGAGACACGAGUCCCGCCAGUCAUCGAACAUAGUCUGCUUGCGGCUGUUACUGGUGCCUGGCCUGCUAUGACAGCAACACUGAAGAAAUAUCUUCCAUUUGUUCCAUACAAGCCCCUUCAACAGCUCUUUGCUGGCCGCAAAGCUUGUGCGGAUCUCGCGUCGGAGUGUGUUCGACGUAGGUUGGGGGAUUUUGGUGGAGAUACGAUGUCCAGAAGCGACGAUAGGAAGGACGUCCUAACAAAUCUGAUUUUGGCUAAGCAUCCUGAUACUGGUGAGCAUCUUACACAGACGGAUCUUGAGACUGAGGCUUUUGGGUUUAUUAUUGCGGGAACACAUACUACGAGUGCCACGACAACUUUGUUGUUUUACCACCUGCUUCAUAACCCCCAGUAUAUGGAGGAGUGCGUAAAGGAGAUCGAGGCCAAUCUGCCUCCCCUUACACACGGAGAGACAGCCUAUUCUGUAUCCGCCGCAGAGGCCGCCCUACCGUUCUUGCGCAACUGCAUAAGGGAGAAUUUCCGGAUUACGCCGGUCUUCACGAUGCCUCUAGCUCGGAGAGUGAUGAAUCCAACGGGUGUUGUAAUAGAAGGACAGCAUAUACCACAAGGGACAUCAAUCGCCGUCUGCAACCAUGCAUUUCAUCACAAUCCUGACGUCUGGGGUGACGAUCACAACAUCUUCAAUCCAUACCGAUGGGAGAACCCCGAGAUUGCCGCCAAGGCACGGCUGCUAAUGCAUUUCGGCCUUGGUGGACGUCAAUGUGUUGGGAAGACCAUUGCAAUGACGAAUAUUUAUAAGCUGAUGAGCACAUUGUUGAGGGAGUUUACUUUUGAACUUGCUGACAAGCAGGCUCAGGAAAAGCGCUUAUCUAGCGGGAACAUUCCGGAAUUGAUUAGUGUUGGAAUUAGCGAUCUAAAGGAGCCCUUAAUGGUCAGAGCGCAUGUGCGGGUGCAUGAGAAAGUUUAG